CGACGACCACGACAGCUAUUUUGUGAGACAAACAUCCGAACACCCAAAAAGACAACUACUCUGUGACUAGAUACAGAAACAGAAGCGUCGACAUCCCUAAAAUCAUAAUAUACCAUCCACGACAACUAUAACUUUUGCAAUAAUUAUCAACAUGCCAAACCAAUCCCUUAUCGCCACUAUGGCCAUCUUGGCUGUMGCUGCUCACUCGACCGAGGCCUUUGCUCCUGCCUCGUCGGCUUUGUCGGGUGUCAGGCCAUCAGCUCUUUCCCCCUUGUUCGCGGAAGAAUCUCCGGAAGCUGUCUUCAAACCUCCUGCCGAAUCGGAGGGUGAACCCGCCGAAGAGGGUGAAAUCGACCUCGGUACCGUUGAAAUGCUUGGACGCGGAGCUGCAAAGGUGUGUUUUUGAAAAGAGAAAAUUUGAUGCUGUCAUUUUAUAUAKKKUKUUUUUWAAAUUUGAGGCCYGCUCACUCAUUUUCCAAACUUUUUCACCGWCGAUCACAGGCAAAGCGUGGAAAGCGCAAGGGAGGACCUGUUGCWAAGAACGUUGGCAAGGACAAGGCCUCUGUCACGCUUGCACCCGAAGAAGURCACUACGAGGGACCACCCGCCAUCACCGAAACCAUCAUCCCCACCGUCUCUAUUUUGACCGUCGUCGGAAUCAUUCCCGCCAUUGCCUCGUGGAGCAGACAAGCAUGGGUCAGAUACAAGAUCACCACCCGCAGAAUCCGUGUCACCUCUGGAAUUGGAGGAAAGGAUAUGGCCGAAAUUGUCUACCCCGACAUUACCGAAUUGCGAACCGUCAACCGACUUUUUGGAGACGGUGACUUGGUUGCYUUUUUGAGAGACGGUGCCAAAUUCGAGAUGCGAAACAUUCCUGACUUUGAAAACACWGUGAAAUUCAUCUUGGAGCAAGUCAAUCCCGAUGUUAAGAAGCUAUACCUUGAGAAGGGAGAUGUCACACAACCUUAAAUUGAAUAAAUCCUGCAUAGCAUUUGGAAUGUUUGCAUUUUGGUCGAAACACAAAGAUUUAAACAAUACCACAAGGAUCAUUUUUCGACGAACGCGAAGUCGAAAUCCGGAAGAAACUUUUGGCCCACAAUAAGAUAAUAAGAUAUCU